AUGCCACAACUUGCUUUGGUAUCACCUGCUCGUCAUGGCGUCGAGCACAAAACUCCCACGAGCAUAUCUGAGGAGAUAAUCCACACGCAAAAAGUGAAACAGCAGAUCAGGCGAGAAUACAAUCCGCAGCUGACCAUCACGAACCACACGGAGCUGCUCAAAGACACUCUCCUGUAUUGCUUUUGCAUAGUCCAAAACUAUCUGCCCAGAAGAAUUCUGAUACUCGCGUGGCAUAUCAACAUAGAGCAACUCUUCUAUAGUUCCACUUUCGAUCUUGAGGCAAGGAGGGUGGAUGUAACUCGAAUCACAGAAGUUUAUAACAUAAAAUUGUCAACAAAUAAGCUAGCAAAAUACCUGGCAGACAAGUAA